AUGUGUGGUAUUUUCGGUUAUUUGAAUUAUUUGGUCAAACGCGAUCGUCGAUUCAUUGCUGAUAUUCUCAUCAAUGGUCUUCAUCGUUUGGAAUACCGUGGUUAUGAUUCAUCCGGCAUUGCCUUCGAUGGUGAUGAAUAUCUAGGUCAAUCAGAUGAUCCAUCAUCGAAAGCCAAACGUGCAUGUAUAGUCGUCCGUCAAAAAGGCAAAGUUGAAGAACUUGAACAUGCUACAAAAUCUUUGGAAAAUAUCAACUGGGAUGCUGAAUUUACUGUUCAUGUCGGCAUUGCACAUACACGUUGGGCAACACAUGGUGAACCAAGUGCUGUGAAUUCCCAUCCCCAACGUUCUGAUGAACAAAAUCAAUUCGUUUGUGUUCACAAUGGAAUCAUCACAAAUUACAAAGAUAUCAAACAAUAUCUUACCAACAAAGGUUAUCAAUUCGAAUCGGAGACUGAUACUGAAGUGGUCGUCAAAUUAGUUAAAUAUCUUUAUGAUAAACAUAAGAAUGAAAAGAUCACAUUUCAAAAACUCAUCGAAAUGGCUUGUUCACAAUUGGAAGGUGCUUUCGCUCUUCUCUUCAAAAGCACACACUUUCCAGGUGAACUAUGUGCUACACGUCGUGGAAGUCCAAUGGUUAUUGGUGUUAAAUGCGCUGAUCAACUUGCUGCUAAUCAUAUUCCAGUCAUGUUCAGCAAAGACAUUUCCAAUGCCCGACUUACGAAAGAUCUAUUCAAUCAUCAAAACACAAAAGAUUCUCGAAAUGAUGUUCAUUUGUCCGAAACGACUUCAUCAAACCUACGUGGCGUCUUCUCACCUCCAUUGAUGAUUACUGAUCAAAACACAUCAGAACUCUCCGUAACUGGCAAUGAUCGUAGUAUUGAAUACUACUUUGCUUCUGAUGCCAGUGCUAUUAUCGAACACACAAAUCAAGUUAUUUUCAUGGAAGAUGAUGAUCUUGCUGUUGUCAGCAAUGGUGCAUUAACCAUUCAUCGUACCCAACACGGUGAAGUUUCAGGUCAGUCAGCUAUUCGUGAAAUUCACGAACUUAAGAUCGAAUUACAACAAAUCAUGAAAGGAAAUUAUAAAUAUUUCAUGCAAAAAGAAAUCUACGAACAACCCGAAUCAGUUGUCAACACGAUGCGUGGUCGUGUGAACUUCAACACACGAAAAGUUGUACUUGGUGGCAUCAAAGAUUACAUCAGUGAAAUUCGUCGUUGCCGUCGAUUGAUUUUAAUCGCUUGUGGUACAAGUUACCAUUCAGCUGUUGCUACACGGCAAUUGCUGGAGGAAUUAUCUGAAUUACCAGUUAUGGUCGAACUCGCUUCUGACUUUCUCGAUCGCAAUACGCCAGUCUUUCGUGAUGAUGUUUGCAUAUUCAUUUCACAAUCAGGUGAAACAGCUGAUACUAUCUUAGCUUUACGUUAUUGUAAACAACGUGGUGCACUCAUCGUUGGCUUCACCAACACAGUCGGAUCGAGUAUUUCACGUGAAUCACAUUGUGGUGUUCACAUCAACGCUGGACCUGAAAUCGGUGUUGCCAGUACCAAAGCUUACACAAGUCAAUUCCUUGCGCUUGUUCUCUUCGGUCUUGUCUUAUCCGAAGAUUCGAUUUCAAAGGAACCACGGCGCCGAGCUAUCAUUGAUGGUCUUCAACAAUUACCAGACUUGAUUAAAAAAGUUCUUCAAUGUGAUAAGAAAAUUCGAGAAUAUGCAGAGGCUUUGUACAAAGAAUCCUCGUUGUUAGUCAUGGGUCGUGGCUUCAACUUUGCUACAUGUCUCGAAGGAGCUUUGAAAGUUAAAGAAUUGACUUAUAUGCACUCUGAAGGUAUUCUUGCUGGUGAAUUGAAACAUGGCCCAUUAGCUAUGGUUGAUGACAACAUGCCAAUUGUAAUGAUUAUCAUGGACGAUCCAGUUAAAACCAAAUGUAUGAAUGCUUAUUCGCAAGUUCAAGCACGUGGUGGUCAACCCGUCUUGAUCUGUAAUGAUGAUGAUGAAGAAUUGAUCAAAUUAGCCAACCGAAACAUCACCGUUCCACGUACAGUUGACUGUCUUCAAGGUAUCUUAUGUGUUGUUCCAAUGCAAUUACUUUCAUUUCAUAUUGCCGUCUUACGUGGCUAUGAUGUUGAUUGUCCAAGAAAUUUGGCUAAAUCCGUUACAGUCGCAUAA